UGCCGACCUGUCGGGAAAGUGAGAGCAUUGAAACGUCGACUGUCAAGAACGAGGGACGCUCCGGCCAAGAAAUGGGCUUCUCGUCGAUAUCAGCUGACUUCGGUCUCCUUUUCCUGCUCCUGGCGGUCCUUCUCUAUGCACGAGGGGCUCAAACUGCGGAAUUGUGCCCAGCCGAAAAUUGCAUCCCUGAGGAACAGUGCGAAGAGCCGGUGUUUUCUACAACCUGCGCUGGUCAACAAGAAACUUGCUGUAGCGUGGUGAAAUCAGCAUUCCGCACAAAAUGUCGCCAUCACGGAGGAAUCUGCAUGGAAAGAUGCGGCGAGUCUCUGCGACGAAUAGUGACGGAUUGUCCAGCUAAUGAAGUUUGUUGUGUGCUGGUGUAAUCAGACAUAGACGCAUCCAAGUGCAUCAAGAAAUUAUCACCUCCCGCGUGAAAUAACAUCCCAGUUUCCGGAGACGUGAUCAAGUUUCCGCAAUAAUCGCACCAUACCGCGAAAUCGUAAAAACAAAAUCCAUAGACACGCCACCACAUGAAGAACCCAACACGACUCAAUGCAAUUAGUCAUGCCCUUGUUUAUUAUCUCGUCAUCGCGGUAAAAGUGUAAUUUUCCUACAGAUACCGCGUUUUCGUAUCGCAAUUGUCCUUGGAGAAUUUCCGCGAACAAUAAAAACGGGGCAGUGACAUUCGUUUAAGUUUGGAUUAAUUAUAUUUUACAAUUGUCGAAUUGUAUCUGAAAUUCGAAUCGUUAUUUGAGGAAGUGAUUGCCAAAAUGUGGGAUUUUCCAGCGAGGCGAGGAGAAGGUACGGAGGGCCAUUGAAAUGCCAGGAGCGUCCAGUCGAUCUCCGGUCUUUCGUCCUUUUAUUUCCCGGAGGUUCUCUUAGUACGUGUUAUGCUAGUUAGGUACACAUCAAUUCUGGCCGAUGCACCGUCUAUUAUUAUUUCAAGUCACAAAGAAAGCUGCCGAUAGAGUUUGCCGAUCACGUCCUGCUAAACAAUCCGCCGAGGUCUGUUUGGUACCACUCCUCUUCCUCUUCGGGUCCUUCACCUCGGCCCCGUUGAGACAACAUCCCCUCGAUUCCGCCAUUGUAAAAUAAAUCCCGCGAUGUACAAUCAAAAAGAUGAAAAAAACGA